UCGACCGCAUUUCGUGAUGAACUUCCGAAAUUAUUUGCUGCGAUGAAAUGUUGAAAAUAAGUUUUCUUCUUCUUUUUCAGUCUUUUCCAUGCGAUAUCUGUUAAUGUCUAGACAUUUCUUUUACCAUUUUUUAGCCUAUAGUGAAUAAAAUUAAAUUUUAAAAAAGAGGUGAACCACCAACAUGGGUAUUUUAGAAAAAAUUCAAGAAAUUGAGCGAGAAAUCUCUCGGACUCAAAAAAAUAAAGCCACUGAAUACCAUUUGGGUUUAUUGAAAGCCAAACUAGCAAAAUACCGUCAGCAGUUACUUGAACCAUCGGCAAAAUCAGCUGCAAGGGGUGAAGGUUUUGAUGUUAUGAAAUCAGGUGAUGCCCGGAUUGCUCUCAUCGGUUUCCCAUCAGUUGGAAAGUCAACAAUUCUAAAUAUCUUAACCAAAACCCACAGUGAAUCUGCUUCCUAUGAAUUCACCACAUUGACAUGUAUUCCUGGUGUUAUUGAGUACAACGGAGCAAAUAUUCAACUUUUAGAUUUACCUGGUAUUAUUGAAGGAGCUGCACAAGGUAGAGGUCGAGGUCGACAGGUAAUUGCUGUUGCAAGGACAGCAGAUCUUGUUGUCAUAAUGCUGGAUGCUACAAAAGGAGAUAUUCAAAGGGAACUUCUAGAAAAUGAACUUGAGUCUGUAGGAAUCCGAUUGAACCGAAAGAAACCUAAUAUAUAUUUCAAACAAAAGAAAGGUGGUGGUAUUUCUUUCAACUCUACAGUGCCUCUAACAAAAAUCAACGAAAAAAUGGUGCAGUUAAUUUUGCAUGAAUAUAAAAUAUUUAAUUGUGAAGUUCUCUUCAGAGAAGAUUGUAAUUCAGAUGAAUUAGUUGAUGUCAUCCUAGGAAACCGUAUAUAUAUGCCGUGUUUGUAUGUCUAUAACAAAAUUGAUCAAAUAUCAAUUGAAGAGGUUGAUCGACUUGCUCACAAGCCUUACACAGUGGUCGUCAGCUGUAAUAUGAAGUUAAAUCUUGACUAUUUACUGGAGUGUGUUUGGGAACAUCUGGCCUUAGUUCGAGUUUAUACGAAAAAAAGGGGAGAAAGUCCUGAUUUCGAUGGAGGCUUGAUAUUAAGAAGAGGUUGCCUUGUUGAACAUGUGUGUCACUCCAUUCACAGAUCCUUGGUUAAUACAUUCAAAUAUGCUUUAGUAUGGGGUUCCAGUGUAAAGUACAGUCCUCAGAGAGUUGGAAUCCAACACCAGAUGCACCACGAUGAUGUUAUUCAAAUUGUGAAGAAAUGAACAGAGACUUUCCAUGCAUUACUUGUUGUUGUUGUUAUUGUCGCUGUUCGGCUUCUCACUUGCUCUCUUUCUUUCCUUCUUUCUUCCCUGCGCAAAUAUGAAAAAGAUAAAAAUAAAAGACGAAAACAAUAACCCCUUUAAUCCCUUUUUCUCCCUGGAAUUUCUCUGUUUCACUUUGAGCUCCUCUGCUACUACUACUACUACAACUACUACUAAUAAUAAUAAGGAUGAUGCAAGCAAUACAAUGCACAAGAAAAUACAAAACCUGUUUCUACUGGUUUGCUUUCUC